AUGACUUUCUGGGCACUUGUGGCAGGUCGCCGGCGAGCCCGCGACCCAGAAGCUGUGAACAGCCUCGAAAUGUCGAGCAGGGCCGGGAAAGGGCGUUCCAAAGUCGACGUCUACAACCCGCAAUCAACACCCCCGGAUAUCAGGGUCACGGCGACGCCCCAGUCCGAAACGGAUCGCAUUGUGCAUCAGUUAGCGGCGCUGGCAGCUAUCGUUAGCCACUCGUUAACCAACGUGAAUCCAGAUCAUGGAACACCAGCAGCAUCAGAAUCAACACUUUCACCGAUACUUCCACCAACACUUCCAUCCAACAACCCAACAACCAAACCAGAACAUACAACCACCCAGUCCAAAUGGAAAGGAAAAGAACCAGAAAAAGAAGAGAAAGAGGAAGAAUCUUUCCACCACCUCAGCAGCCUCAUCACCAUUUCCUGUCUCCCCCCGCACUCAUCCAACCACAGUGCCACGCCGUCAACUACAACAGUAGCCUCCCGACCCGGCAGCAGAGAAAUCCAGGCAGCCACAGGCCGCAAGAGAACUUUGUCGCGGUUCAGCAGCCAUCUGGGCGACAUACCUAAACUGCCUUUUCCCUCUCGGGUUGCCCGCAAGCCGUGUCCUCGCUACAGUUCCUUACCUCCGGUGUAUAUGCCGAAGCCGAAGCCAUUGGGUGUGCGGCCGGAGGUGCGGUUUUGA